CGUCGCGUACAUUUACGCAUCAUUCAGCAAAGGGUAGGUCCCGAGAUUGCACGUGCUCCACGAUCAAACAGUGCAGUGCGACUGGGACCACGCGCGGGAAAAGUCGCGCUCAUAUUCUAAAUUCAAAUAACAUUCAACUUUUUUAUUAAGUUUUUUUUUUUACUGCGUUUUGUAUUUGGUAUUAACUUGUGCAAAAUGACGAUGCUUUUAAGAAAAAUGUGGAAAACUCAUUCCAAACAUAAAAAGCUAUGUGAGGAGUGGGCUCUUGCAGAGUGUGAGGAUGAAGGCUGGUGGCGAGAGACCCGUGAUGCCAGCUCCGGUGAGAUGGACGUGCGGUAUGCAGGCACGGCGCCGGUGGAACGCGCAGCCUCUGCCCCCGCCACUGCGCUUGCUGUCAGAUCUGCUCUGCAUUCUGCUAAAUUAAUAAACAAGAAACUGCAGCGGGUCAACUUGAACAUAAGCGCAAGAGGCAUCGUUGUGAGUGACUACGACUCCCAGGAAAAUGUUAUCAGCGUUUCCAUUUACAGGAUCUCGUACUGCUCAGCAGACGCAGCGAACGCUCGUGUCUUCGCCGUGGUAGAAGGGAAGCCGGCGGGCGGGUCGGCUGAGAACCACGUGGUGCAUGUCUUUGUAUGCACCAGGAGGAAGCAUGCGAGGGCUCUCGCGUUGUCACUGGCACAUGCGUUUAAUGAUGCUUAUCAGGAAUGGCAGGCGAAUCUCAAUCAAGGCAGCUCGCUGGGAUCCGACAAUAAACGCUUAGCUCCUUGGGUUCGAUUCCAAGAAGAAUCGGAUGAUGAGUUGGACACAGAAGAUUGGCAGUCCCCCGCCCCACUGGUGUCAUUCGCAUAGUUGGCUUUAAGUUCUAGCGUUUAAGGUUUACUUUAGAAAAGCUCAGAAAAAUAGUUUUAAGUUGCUUUGGUAAAUAUGGAGGUGUACAA